CCACCACACCCAAAACCUCCACAAAUAUUCCCCCUUCCUCUGAAAUUUCCUCCUCUGAACAUAUCUGAUCGCCCAUUAAAAAAAAGAAGAAGAAACCCAAAUUCUUGAAAGCUCAAAUAGAAGCUGAAAUGGUGAAGGACAUGGGGGUUGGCACAGAAUACGCAGCAGCAAAGGACUACCAUGACCCUCCCCCAGCUCCCCUGAUUGACCCAGAAGAGCUAGGGAAGUGGUCCUUCUACAGGGCCGUCAUAGCCGAGUUCAUCGCCACUCUCCUCUUCCUGUACGUCACAGUCCUGACCGUGAUCGGGUACAAAACCCAGACCGACCCCGCCCUCCACGGCGCCGACGACCCCUGCGGCGGCGUGGGCAUUCUCGGCAUCGCCUGGGCCUUCGGCGGCAUGAUCUUCGUCCUCGUCUACUGCACCGCCGGUAUUUCCGGCGGCCACAUAAACCCGGCGGUGACGUUCGGCCUGUUCUUGGCGAGGAAGGUGUCGCUGGUGCGCGCCGUCAUGUACAUGGCGGCUCAGUGUCUGGGGGCGAUCUGCGGGUGCGGGCUUGUGAAGGCGUUCCAGAAGGCGCACUAUGUGAGGUAUGGCGGCGGCGCCAAUGGGCUGCAAGAUGGGUACAGCAAGGGCACCGGUUUGGGCGCUGAGAUUAUUGGCACUUUUGUUCUUGUUUACACUGUUUUCUCUGCCACUGACCCCAAGAGAAACGCCAGAGACUCCCAUGUCCCUGUUUUGGCACCGCUUCCGAUUGGGUUUGCGGUGUUCAUGGUUCAUUUGGCCACGAUUCCGAUCACGGGGACGGGGAUCAACCCGGCGAGGAGUCUUGGGGCGGCAGUGAUGUACGGGAAGCAGAAGGCGUGGGAUGACCAGUGGAUUUUCUGGGUAGGGCCGUUCAUCGGAGCAGCCAUUGCUGCAUUCUACUACCAAUAUAUAUUGAGGGCAGGGGCAGCCAAAGCUCUGGGCUCCUUUAGGAGCAAUGCCUGAUUACAUUGAUUCCGGUGGUGGCCUGAGGAGCCAAAUCCCUCCCAUGGAGGAACUGUGAAUACAAAAAGAGCAGGAUUGGUGAAGAGGUGGUGGUGUUUGGCACUUGGGGUUUUUUCAGUGGUGCCAAGUCAGGGAUAAAUGUGAUUUCCACUUCUUUUUUCUUCCACGUUUUGCCCUUGGCUUUUAAGUCCCUUCUUUUCUGUUUGGCUGUGUAGUGUUUGGGUGGUCCAUCCGGGCACAAGAAACAAUAAUAAAAUUGUCAGAGUAAU